AUGCCUUAUACGGGAAACAUCCAUCUUAGACCUUCACUUGAGCAACGUCUGAUGGAACGUUUCGAGGUGCCGAUAUAUAAGAUUGUUUCGCACCAAGAAACUGUGAAUAAUCAGUAUAAAAUGGCUGAUAACUUAGUGAUCGUCCUUUUUACCGGCCUUGAUGAUCCAAUUCUAAAAGCCGUUAACGACACAGAACUCUCGAAAGGCAGACACCACUGUUGCUUUCUUUACGUUCCACGAAACAAGGAAAAACGGGGUUUGACAAUGGACGAGAUGGAAAAAUUCUUCUCCUGGUGCUCUGAACUCAAAACCGAUCGAGUGAUGCUCCUUUUUCGUGGCAAUUCCGAAUUCGAGUCUUGGACAUACUAUAAUGUAACAAAUUUAAUAGUGACAAAAAUCCCACGAUCAUCAUAUCCUCAAUUUUUGCGAAGUCAAGGCUUUCGUUUUUCCGUUAAAGUUUUCAACGAUCCCCCACUUAUAUUUUGGUACAACUCAACGGAACAAGCGGAUGUGGUUAAUGACCGAAACAUCAGUCUAUCUGGAACUAUUGGCAACCUAAUGGUGGAGUUUAUGCGCUACACCAACGCCAGCAUGGACAUUCUUCUGACCGAAGAAAAGGUUAAUUCCAACUAUGAUUUAUUUCAGGCUGACCAGAGAGUUGACUUGGUGGCCAAUCUGGUGGUAAAUGACAGCCUCCUCUUUAGUCCGGUGAUGAUGAAUACGCAGACUUGCCUUGUGGUGCCGGUUCGCCGAACGAUACCUAUUUGCAAUAAAAUACAUCGCUCAUCAUCGUCGAUCGCUGGUGACACGAUUUUUAGCACCUUUCGCUUUAACCUGGGAGUACCUCUGCCCGGAGGUCAGCUGGAACGAUUGCCUCUGGCGGAUAAAAUAAUUGAGGUUUAUGCGCUCAUGUUCAUGAUGAUAUUGAUCAGUGCUUGCGGAUCCUUACUGAGCAGUGCCUUGACGACGGGACUUUAUUAUCCGCCAAUCACAGAUGUGGAAUCGAUGCGAGCAAGUGGCCUACGGAUUAUCACAGAAGACCCCACAAUGUUUCAGGCUUUCAAGGACAAUAACAUGCCCAGCUCAUUGACGGAUCUUGUUGAUAUCGUGGACUCCCAGACAUUCCGAAGGAACUUUCUUAAACUAAACGACAGCGUUGUCUUUGUGACUCAAACGCCCAAAUGGAAGGCUGUUCAGAUGUAUCUGGAGCGUCUUAAAACCAAAAGAAUUGUUAUCACUGGACCCAAGCUCUGCUCUAAUGUCCGUCAACUGCGAUUGCCCGUCUCACUCAAAUCACCGCUGAGGUUCACCUUUCAUGAGUAUUUUCACAGGAUUUUUGAGUCGGGCCUUGAACAGAAAUGGCAAAGUAUGAGUUUUAAAAAGUUUAGGGAAGUUUAUGGCAUUACCAAAUUGCCCACUGACAAGGACAACGAGUGGAGACCGCUGAGCAUGUCCUAUUGUGGAUUUAUUUCAUUGUAUACAUUUUCGGUAUACUUCUGA